AUGGCCAGCGAUGCUCCACCACUGACGCUAUUCCAUCAUAUUCGCGGCAAUCAGCUCAUCAAACCGCCGGAAGACGGUGAGCCGCAAACGAUACAUCCGAAUAAGGAGCAACUCUCGCGGAGGCAUGCCAUCGUGCCGGAUCAGCCUAGCGAAAAAGAAUCAAGCUCUCAAGGAUGUUGCUCAUCGGAUAAUGUCAUAAUAGUACCGCAUGUGCAAAUAUCGCCGAAUGAGAGUCAUUUGUUCAAUCGGGCGAUUAGCUCGGGCGGUGGACUUUUGGCAGAUUUACAACGAGCCACUAUUGCAUCGCAGGCGUUCUACGCGGAAGCGAAUGAGCCGCAAAAGAAUCGCUCGCCGUGGAUUUUGAAACGAUUGUAUGAAUGGUCUGGACGAGCGAAACGGCGAGAAAUCAUCAAGCAUGUUCAAGCAGCUCUUGAAACGUCGAAAGAUCAUGAGAUUGAGGAUGAUGAGCUCGAAAAACUAUUGCCGGUGUCCUACGAGGAAAUGUUCCUCGGCGACGAUCUUUCGCAGAUUCCGAGCACAAAAACGAAAUACCUUCAAGCCGUUUGGGAGCUGUUUCACACGGAACUCGUUUUUCUGUACCGACAGCUAUUUGUGCUAAGGGAUGUAUAUAAGGAGCCAUUGAAGCGGUGUCAGGUCGAAGGUUGCCUUCUUCUCGUCGAGCCCGACCUGCUGUUUGGCAACUUGGACCAAUUGUGCCGAAUAUCGCGAUCGUUUUGCCAAUCGUUUCUUUCGCUGUUGGCGACGGUGAACAAGGAGACGUGGGAUUGCACCCAGCUGGUUGUCGAUUUGUUUGAGCGAUUCUCGAAGGGACCAUCAACGAUUUCCGCAUAUCAGGCUUAUUGCAUCAAUUAUAAGGCAACAAUGGAGUAUUUGGGAUCGAUUCGGCAGAAGGAGGAGAGAUUUACUGAAUUUGAAAGAAUUUGCCUGGCGGAUGAACGAUGCUUUAGAUUACAGCUUGAAGAUUUGCUGAUUGCUCCGCUUCAAAGAAUCACUCGCCUUCCAAUUCUGUUGCGAGAAAUUCACAAAUACACGACAGAGGAGGAAAAUAAGGCAAAAGUUGAGAAAGUUAUCGAAACCAUGACUGAAUCAUUGAGAUCAAUCGACGACAGUGUUCAAUGGCUUCAUAAUUUCGAGAGGCUUCAGCAACUGCAAACGCAAGUCAUAUGGCCGAAUAUUAGUGAAUUGGAGCCGAAAAGCUACAUUCCCGAUUUUCUUCGCGUUGCACUCUCGCGACAAUUUUGUGAGAACCUUCUUGCUCAUCCACGCCGCAAACUAAUUCAUGAAGGCCCUUUGGAGCUUGUCGAAAAUGGCCGAACUGUCGAUGUUUACGCGUUUCUCUUCAAUGACAUGUUCGUAUUGGCAAAAGCGAAAAAGUGCGCGUCGAAAUUGAAACUCAAAGGGGUCCCAAUUGGAAAAUCGGAGCAUUUUGUUGUGCAGCGUCAACCGGUUCCAUUGGAUUCUUGUGUGUUCUGCGAUGCCGAUUCGAAUGAUCCUUCAACGACGAUGUCGCUGAAAUUUGCAUUCGUCAUCAUUCAUCUCACUCGGUAUUAUCAAGUCGUUGGUAUUUAUACCCUACAGGCUGCUGACAAGGCCGACAAGGAGUUGUGGAUUGAGAAAUUCCAGGAAUCGAUUGAGAAUUAUGAGUCGAUUCAAUUGAAGGAUAUGCUCAAAUGCACUCCAUUGUUCUCGAGUUUGAGUUUGAGAAGAUGCUCCAGCUCACGACUAAUGUCGAAAACCGAUCGUCAUUCCACUCUAGAGAAUCAGAAUAAGGAGAAAGAAAAAGAAGCGCCGUCGACAUCGUCAUUUCUGAAAGAAAAACAGGUGGAAGUCGUCAGGCGCGUUGCGGCUCGCGUGCGGCCGCGAAAAGAACGUGACCGCGCGCGAACCGCAACGCAUGCUGAAGAUUUGUCGUGUGGCAGCGCAUUGGCGAAUCUCGUAACCGACGCCCUUCAUUUUCUGACGACGUGCUCGCUUAAAAAGAACGCGUUCAAGAAUUGCAUGGAUCCGAAUUGGGCUGUUCGAAUGCUCGACGCGCUUCCGGCAAAACCGACGGCGCUAACGCGACGAGGCCCGUUUUUCUUUCUCGGCGAUUAUGAGACUUGCAAGCAGAUCUCGAAAACGAGACCGGUUCAUUAUUGCACAUUGAAAGGGAUGAUUGGAUUGGACGGAAAGACGGAGUUGCCGAUCACCAUUGGAACGUGUGCGCCAUCGGCUUGUCGCGAUAAACAGAUGGCGAACUUGAUUAGACAAUUCUCGAACGCUUAUUCAAAAUUCCUAUUGAUUGAAGAUAUUCAUUGUUCAGAGGCGAAUGAUGAGGAAUGGCUUGCUAAAAAGCCCUUUGUUCUUCUCGUUGGAUUCUUUAUCAUUGGAGUUAUAUCAAUUGGUACAAUCCUCGAGAAACUGAGAAAGAAAGGAUUUAUUCAAUUCAGAAAAUGUUAUGAAGAUGAUAUAAAUUUGGAUCGAUCUGAUAGGGAAUCUUGCGGCGGUGAUGAGGCCUCGUCGAUUCAUGACGCGUUCGCGCCGUCGCUAGCGUUGACCUAUCGAAGCUCGCCGCCGAAUCUCGCGCGUCGUCCGCCGUCGAUUCUAUUCGUCGAUGUUCUAACGUCAUUCUCGAUCAAUUCAUCGCUCAAAUACAUUUUUCGAAAUUCGACGAAAGACGUUCAAUUGGUGAACGGCGUCAAAAUGUUGUGCACGUUUUGGGUGAUAUUCUCGCACACGUGCCUAUUCUCGCUGAAAUUCUCGGACACGAUUCGAUCGUUGGGCGGCGGCGGCGGCGGCGACGCGCUGCUCUCGAGUUUCAUGCUCAACUCGUCGCUAGCCGUCGACACGUUCCUAUUGAUUUCGGCGUGUGUCGCCGCCUACUCAAUCCGCAAGCGGAUACUCAUUCGAGGCGCCGAUGAACGAAUCACGUGCAAACUGAUGGCAACACUAUUGCUCCAUCGAAUUCUCCGCCUCAUGCCGGCGUUGAGCCUCUAUAUGAUUUUCAUGACAUUUGUCUACAAUCAUCUUGGAGAGGGACCAUUCUGGAACACCAAUGGAAUGUUCUGCUCCGAAUGCAACGCCUCAUCGGUUUGGCCGCAUUUUCUGUUUGUUUCCAAUUUCUCGCCGUCGAAUUGUGCUCCGUGGCUCUGGCAUAUCGCAUUGGACUAUCAGCUAUAUUUGAUAUGCCCAUUGGUCCUUUAUAUGGUGUCGAGGUUCAAGUAUGGUUGGACGUUGCCGAUGCUUCUCAUCGCCGGCAGCAUCGUUUAUCGAACUAUCGUGUUUUCUGUGUUCACUCUUCCCCCGAACAUGUUCGUCGAAAUGCUCUCCGGCAAUUUUGAGCGCGCCGAAAUGUCGUUUCGUUUGCUGUACACCUCGCCGUUUUCGCGAGCGCCGCCAUUCAUUAUUGGAAUUUUGACGGGCUGGAAAGCUGCCGAACCGAAUUGGACCCACAAGCCGAAAUGGGUCUUCUCAUUUUGUGUUCAGAUAUGCGCAGCGUUCUUCAUGUUCGCCAGCCUGUUCGGACCAUUUUCGAGUAGUGGCCUCAUCAAAUACACCCACGCAAUAUUGCAUCGGACCCUUUGGGCAUUGGGAUUGGCUAUAUUCAUUCUUCUUGCCCAAAAUGGUGAGGCGCGAGUUUUGCGAUUCCUCUCGCAUCAUAGAUUUGUCCCGUUUGCCAGAUUAUCAUUCGGCGUGUUCCUCUCACACGAGCCGAUUCUUUUGUAUUACCUUCAAACACGCCAGCAGCCGCUUUCUCCACACUCCUAUGGAUUUUUCGUGUUCCUUUGCAUUUCCAUAUAUGUCAUUGCUCUCGGAUUCGCAUUGGCGAUUGCUUUGGCGAUAGAAGUCCCUUUGCUGACAUUAGAGCGAAAAUUCUUCAUGAAGACUCGAAAGCGAAGCGAUAACGAGGAGCUGACCGAGUUGAAUGUGACGAUUCCUGAUGAAAAAAAUGCAAUUGAGAAUGGCGAGGAUGAUAUGAAAAUGCUGAAGUUUGAAAAUUGA